GUAUGGAUAUGGAGGGAUAUUUACGUAGAGGUGACAGUAAAAGAAGCACUUGGAAAAAUACUGCCACCAGUAAUAAGCAAGAAGAAAUGUAUCAGUUGCUGAUAUCUAACUACGAGGAAAAGCAACAGGAACUGCGAGUAGAGAACAGUGAUCUCAGGGACUGUCUGAUAGAUAUGCAGAAAGAGCUAUCCUCUGUCUUAAAUACCUCAAACACAAACAUGACAAGUCUCCACUCUCAGAAUGGUGAUAUAUCAGCGAGUAGCAGUGAGGAAGAUUUGUCCACAUCAUCAUCUAUUUCACAUGAUCUCAGUGAUGAUUAUUUUCAGAUGCCUUAUGAUCUACUUAGAGAAAAUCUUCAGAAGAGUUUCCAAGGCACGUGUAAACGUUUACGACAAAACAUUAAAAAGUGUUCAUCAAAUACUCAGUCCUCACCAAAGUCUCAUGUGAGACAGUCUAGUCAAGGUAAAUCUCCAUUGCACCAUGUAGAUGAUAACCGGGAGAGUGAACGUAGACAGGAGGAGAUGGAGAAGCUGAGAAAACAGAUUGAUAAAUAUAAAGAUAUUGUUAAACAACAAGAAGAACUUAUACAG